CCCCAAAAUUUCAUUCUUCUUCCUCACCACCACCACCACUAAAUGGGUGCGCUCAGUCUCAGACUGCCGUCCCUCACUUCACUCUCCUCCGCCGCCGCGGCAGUUCCACGCUACCAAUUCUGCCGUCGUCUACUCCUUCCACUCCGCCCACUCUCCGCCGCCAAUUUCUCCGUGCAAAGCAGCAUCGUUGAGAAAGAAGUCGCGACACCUCCUCCCGAAGUUGAACGCAGCUCCUCACCGAAGCCGAAAAUUCAGCAAGAGAAGGAUCGAGUUAUUACUCCUCGAUCGCAGGACUUCAAUGCUUGGUAUUUAGAUAUCAUUGCUAAUGCUGAGCUGGCUGAUUAUGGCCCCGUUCGCGGCACCAUGGUCAUUCGCCCCUACGGUUACGCCAUUUGGGAAGCAAUUCAGGAUUAUCUGAAUGUGAAGUUUAAGGAGACUGGUCAUAGUAAUAUGUAUUUCCCUCAGCUUAUACCAUACUCGUUUAUUGAGAAAGAAGCUAGCCAUGUUGAAGGUUUUAGUCCAGAAUUAGCUCUUGUGACGAUUGGAGGAGGAAAGGAGCUCGAAGAAAAGCUUGUGGUGCGGCCUACGAGUGAAACCAUUGUGAACCACAUGUUCACUCAGUGGAUUCAUAGUUACCGUGAUCUUCCUCUAAUGAUCAACCAGUGGGUAAAUGUCACAAGAUGGGAGAUGCGUACUAAACCGUUUGUGAGAACUCUUGAAUUUCUUUGGCAAGAAGGCCACACAGCUCAUGCUACUCCAGAAGAGGCAGAAAAGGAGGCAUUACAGAUGAUUGACAUGUACACAAAAUUUGCUUUUGAGCAAGCUGCAAUACCUGUUAUUCCAGGUCGUAAAUCAAAGGUAGAAACCUUUGCAGGUGCUGCGAAGACCUAUACUAUUGAAGCAAUGAUGGGUGAUCGGAAGGCUUUGCAGGCUGGAACAAGCCACAACCUUGGACAGAAUUUUUCCCGUGCAUUUGGAACACAGUUCACUGAUGAAAAUGGGCAAAGGCAACAUGUGUGGCAGACAUCAUGGGCAAUUAGCACCAGAUUUGUUGGCGGUAUCAUUAUGACGCAUGGCGAUGAUGCUGGUUUGAUGCUUCCUCCAAAUCUAGCCCCCAUUCAGGUCAUAGUAGUUCCAAUAUGGAAGAAGGCAGAUGAGAGCUCAGGAGUUUUAGAUGCUGCCUCAACUGUCAAAGAAACUCUCCAAGCUGCCGGAAUUAGGGUUAAAGUUGAUGACUCCGAGCAGAGAACACCUGGUUGGAAGUUCAAUUUUUGGGAAAUGAAGGGUGUGCCUCUAAGGAUUGAAAUUGGGCCUCGAGACGUUUCAAGCGGGAGUGUAGUUGUUUCUAGAAGAGAUAUUCCUGGAAAACAAGGGAAAGUUUUUGGUAUAUCAAUGGAAUCUUCAACAUUGGUGGCUUACGUAAAAGGCAAGCUGGACGAGGUCCAGUCCGCUCUUCUUGAAAAAGCGACAUCAUUUCGAGAUAGUAACAUUGUUGACGUGUGCUCGUACAACGAGCUUAAAGAGGCAAUAGCUCAAGGCAAGUGGGCAAGAGGCCCUUGGUCAGCCAGUGACAAAGAGGAACUGAAGGUGAAAGAAGAAACGGGGGCUACAAUUAGAUGUUUCCCUUUCGAACAGCCACAGGGGACAAAGACUUGCUUGAUGACUGGCAAUCCUGCCGAUGAAGUUGCGAUUUUCGCAAAAUCUUACUAAUCGAUUCGUCACAGUUAAAAUGUGUCCUGGAACUUAUUUUAAGCAUCUUUAUGUUUUUUUUAAUUAAUUGAAUGUGACUAGUGGAAUUCUAUUUUUACUUAAGAUAGUAUUAGAUACAGCUACACUAUACCCAUCUAUUUGUUGUACAAUUUGACAUAAACUAUUGAUAAUUGUAAAUUUGGGAAACUAUUUAUUGUUUUUCUUUAAAUGGUGAUGAUGAGCCUUCCAA